AUGGCGGAAAUAGUGUACCCGCAAGGCUGCCGACCGAUUACCGAUGACCUCGGUCCUGAUGAAUUGGUGCGAAGGCUCAAGGUACUGGCUCAUACCCUUCAAGGUCUGGGCCAGGAUGAGGGCAUGUACCAACAGUACAUACCGCUGGCGUUGCACCUGGCCGACGAGUUUUUCCUAACUCACCCGUCGAGGGACGUCCAGCUGUUGAUAGCGUGCUGCAUCGCCGAUGUGCUCAGGGUUUAUGCACCCGAGGCACCUUACAAAGACCAGGAACAGGUGAAGACUAUAUUCCUGUUCCUGAUAAGACAGCUGCAAGGGCUCCGGGAUCCGAAGGAUCCGGCGUUCAAGCGCUAUUUCUACUUGUUAGAGAACUUGGCUUACGUGAAAUCUUUCAACAUGUGCUUCGAGUUGGAGGACUGCCAGGAGAUAUUCUGUGCACUCUUCUCUCUCAUGUUCAGGAUUGUAAACACGGAACAUUCAACUAAAGUCAAGUCCUUCAUGCUUGACGUCCUCUGCCCAUUGAUCACGGAAUCUGACGUGGUCUCCAACGAGCUUCUUAACGUGAUCCUCAUGAACUUGGUGGAGCCGAACAAGCGAGAUCACAAGCACGCGUAUGCGCUAGCCAAGGAGCUCAUUGUUAAGACAAACGAGACUCUUGAACCUUAUAUACAAGGGUUUUUCAAUCACGUCCUAAUACUUGGCAAAGAAGAAAAGAACCUCUUGAUAUUCUCGAAAGUGUUUGAGCUUAUAUACGAAUUGUACCAAUGUUGCCCGUCGCUGUUACUGUCAGUGUUGCCACAACUAGAAUGCAAAUUGAAGUCCGCGCAGUUCCAAGAGAGGCUUAGCGGAGUGGCACUCUUAGCUAGGAUGUUCUCUGAACCCGGAUCGGAAUUAGCCAAGCAAUAUCCGGCUUUAUGGCGUGCGUUUUUAGGUCGAUUCAACGAUAUAUCAGUUCCGAUCAGAAUUAAAUGCGUUCAAUACUGCAUGCAUUUCCUUGUUCACCACCCGGAUUUGAGGAAAGAUAUAACGGAGACUUUAAAGAUGAGGCAGCACGAUGCGCAUGAGCAAGUGCGCUACGAAGUAGUCAUGGCUAUCAUUGCAACGGCUCAAAGAGAUUUCCAAGCUGUAGCUGAAUCGGAAGAUCUACUACAUUUCGUAAGAGAAAGAACUCUCGAUAAAAAGUUUAAAAUAAGAAAAGAGGCUAUGUCUGGUCUCGCUAUGAUAUACAAAAAGUUUUUAACAGAAGAAUCUGUACCACCGGCCACUGAGAAAGCAGUGCAAUGGAUCAAAGACAAAAUCCUUCAUGGUUAUUACAUGACCGCGUUAGAAGACAGAUUACUUGUCGAGAGAUUAUUAAAUACAUCUCUUGUACCAUAUACUCUUCCAGCGCCGGUUCGCAUGAAGAAGUUAUAUUACCUCAUGUCUAACAUUGAUGAUAACGCGACCAAAGCGUUCAUAGAACUACAGAAACAUCAGUUGGCGGUACGUCGCACUGUAGCUGAAUGGGUGGAGUUACAUAGGAAACCGCCCACGCCCGCUGUCCAAAAGGAAAUGAUCGCUAAAGUGUUACACAUAAGUUCGAAAUUCCUGCCCGAAUCGGUGAAGGCUCAGGAGUUUCUGAACAAGUUCUCGCAACAUAUGAAACAGGCGCCUGAGUUGUUACAGGGAAUGGAAACUAUACUCAAUCCGAAUGUAAGCUGUGAAGUCUGUGUGCGCACAACAUCCAGCGUACUGAAGAGAUUGGGCCAGCCUGUUAUGACGAAUUUAUAUUACAAUACAGUUAAGAUGCUACUGGAGCGAGUGAGUUCAGUUAUGAUUGAUCACGAAUCACUACUCAUACUGGUCGGGUAUGUGGAGUCGGCAGUUAAGGGUGCGGACACCGCUAUUGCUGAAGAGUGUGGUAUCGAUAUGGACAAAUGUGCGGAGCGCGGUCUCAAGUUGCUGGUGAUGCUUUCGUUCGUGUUCCCCGCCCACUUCCUGCACGAGGACGUGUUGAGCCGUCUGACGUCAUUGCUGGAGAUGGACGACGAAGCCAUCGCGCCCCAUAUACUCGCCGCGCUCACCUUCCUAGGAAAAUAUCGACCGCUCAGUGAAGUGUGCCCGACGCUAUUCCCAAGACUGAUCACACUAUGUAAGGCGUAUGCUGAAGUUGGUACACCGAAACAGGCCAAAAAUGCUGUCAGAUGUCUAUUCGUAAACGUCCCGGAUCAACGCACGCAAAUCUUCACUGAGAUCCUGGAGACUCUGAAGGCGACGCUCAGUCCCUCAUCUGAACAUUACCGCACCGCGAUAGUGACCCUCGGUCACAUCGCACACAAUCUACCAGACAACUUUCCUGUUCACAUCAAGAAUAUAGUGUCGCGGAAGAUCGUGAAAGAGCUUCUGGUUCGCGAGGGUGGCGGAGGUCCUAACGCUCCUGAUGGUGAAUGGUGUUCCGAAGAAGAAUUGCCUGAAGAGACCCGUUGCAAGUUGGAGGGGCUCAAAUGUAUGGCACGAUGGCUACUUGGGCUCAAACGAGAUGAACUAUCCGCUCAGAAAACAUUCCGGAUGCUGAACGCUUUCAUAGUGCACAAGGGAGAUCUGUUACAGCAAAAUCAAGUAUCAAAAGCGGAGAUGGCACACUUACGCCUAGCUGCGGGCGCGGCGAUGCUAAAGAUAUGCGAGCAGAAGGGCGUCGGGGAUCAGUUCACGGCCGACCAGUUCUACAAUCUGUCACAUCUCAUGAUUGAUGAUGUACCACAAGUGAGAGAAGCGUUUGCAGCGAAACUACAUAAAGGAUUAUCAAAGGGUAUACCCAACAAGUGUUUGCCCCUGGACUUCAUGGGCAUGUACGCGUUGGCGGGCCGCGAGCCGGACCGGCGCAUCCGCGCGCUCGUGCGCCAGUACAUGCUCGCCGACGUGGUCAGGAGGCGCGAGUACAUACGGACCAUCACGGUCGGCACUAAAGUCGAACGUGCGCUCAGCCAGUUGCCACACAUCUUACCUGACUACAUGCUUGUGUUCGCUGUACCGGUACUAGCUCAUGAUCCGGCCUUCACUGCAUAUGAUAAUGUCGCCCAACUGAAGGUAGUGAAGAAUUGUCUAUGGUUCACACUUGAGCCGCUCGUGACACGCAACGAUUUCUAUUGCUACGGUUUCUACAAGAGUCUCGUGGAACGUAUGAAGAAUCACAAGGAUGCACUAAACGAAACAGACGACGCCGUCAACUAUAAACUAUGGGCGGUGUGCGAUCUGGCCAUGUCAGUGAUAUGGUCGCGCUCUCAGAGCUUCGAGAUGCGCGAGUUCCCGUCGGACGCGCGUAUACCCACCAUGUAUUUUGCACCGCAGGGAGAAUACUUCGUCAAUACACGUGUAUUCUUACCACCGGAGUUACAGUUCCAACCUAAACGUCAAGCGACGGCAGUGGACCCGAAUCCGCGUUCAAAGAAACGUCCCAAACCUAUGCCCGAGAGAGAGAACACUAACGAUGUAGAGCCAUCCGAAGCUUCUGACACCCAAAUCCAGCUGCCCGGCUUAGAACAACCUCCAGAGACAGAACUCGAAGAGUCACAACCCAAAGGCAACGUCAGUGAGUGA